CUAAAACAUUAAUACAGUGCAAACCAACCACCCACAGAUACAGUACAAACAAGCAAGCGUCGUCAGGCAGGCCGGGUCAAUAUCAAUAGGGCAGGUAUGGUACAGGGGGAGGCAAGCGGAAGAUGGUCGGGGUCACAGGCCAGGUUCAGCAGGUAGCAAGCAGCGUGGUACAGAGGGUCAGGCAGAGGGAUGGUCAGGGUCACAAGCCAGGGAUCAGAACAGGGUCAGCAGAGAAUCAGACAGGAACAGAGAGCAGGAACAGGAUACAGGAUGCAGGACAGAUACAGGGCCCAGGACAAACACAACACCAAGGCAGAGUCUGCAAGUCUGGCCAUCCCUUAAAUACACCAGUAUCAUCAGUUCCAGGUGUUAGCUGGCUGAAAGGUUGAGUCUCUGAUUGCUGGGAGCACCCGCUGACCAGCCCUGGUACUGCAGAUCAAAAGGCAGGUGAGUCCCACCAUUGCUGGCCAGUCCAUUCCUGACAGAUAAGCUGUUUUUUUUCUUCUUUUAGACAGUGGCCUGAGUAGCAGCCUGGGAUGAGUCAGUCUGUGAGUGAGGCAGGGGUUCACCUCAGAACAAGCUA